ACCUCACUGCUAAUUUCCCUAGCAAAUAAACCAGCAGCUGCUGGUCCAUGAACCAACUUGCCACUGAGAACAGGGCGCUGUAUGCAUGGGACAGGAUGCUUGCAUGGAGCCCCUCAGCAGCAUGGUUGGGACCUUUCUGUGCAAAAUAUGUUUUCUUCUUAUAGCAGGUGUUUGCUCGGGGCUGAAGGUGACCGUUCCUUCACACACUGUCCACGGCAUCAGGGGGCAGGCCCUCUACCUCCCCGUGCACUAUGGCUUCCACACUGCAGCCUCUGACAUCCAGAUUAUAUGGCUGUUCGAAAGAUCCCACACGAUGCCCAAAUACUUGCUGGGCUCCGUGAAUGAGUCUGUGGUUCCCGACUUGGAAUACCAGCACAAGUUCACCAUGAUGCCACCCAACGCAUCUCUCCUCAUCAAUCCGCUGCAGUUCUCCGAUGAGGGCAAUUACAUUGUGAAGGUCAACAUCCAAGGAAACGGAACUCUGUCCUCAAGUCAGAAGAUACAAGUCACCGUUGAUGAUCCCGUCAUGAAGCCAGUGGUCCAGUCCCAUCCUGCUUCUGGGGCUGUGGAGUAUGUGGGCAACAUUACCUUGACCUGCCAGGUGCCAGGGGGUACCAGGCUAGUUUACCAGUGGCGAAAAAAUGGGAAACCUGUUUGCAUCAACUCCAGUCACUCCCUUUCUCCCGAAAACAACACCCUUUGGAUUGCUCCAGUGACAAAGGAGGACAUUGGGAACUACAGCUGCCUUGUCUCAAACCCCGUCAGUGAGGAGGAAAGUGACAUCAUUACGCCCACUAUAUAUUAUGGACCUUAUGGACUUCAAGUUAAUUCUGAUAAGGGGUUAAAAGUGGGAGAAGUGUUCACUGUUGACCUAGGAGAAGCCAUCCUGUUUGAUUGUUCUGCCGAUUCUUACCCUCCCAACACUUACUCCUGGAUCCGAAGAUCUGACAACACGACGCAUGUCAUUAAACAUGGGCCUCGUUUAGAAGUGGCAUCUGAGAAAGUGGCCCAGAAGACCACUGACUACAUGUGCUGUGCUUACAACAACAUAACAGGAAGGCGAGAUGAAACUCGUUUCACUGUCAUCAUCACUUCCAUAGGACUGGAGAAGCUUGCACAAAAAGGAAAAUCACUGUCCCCAUUAGCAAGUAUAACUGGAAUAUCGGUGUUUUUGAUUGUAUCCAUGUGUCUUCUUUUUCUGUGGAAAAAAUAUCAACCUUGCAAAGCUAUAAGGCAGAAGCUAAAAGGCCGACCAGAGUCCGAGUACAGAAAAGCUCAAACAUUUUCAGGCCAUGAAGAUGCUCUGGGUGACUUCGGAAUAUACGAAUUUGUGGCUUUUCCUGAUGCGUCUGGUGUUCCCAGGAUGCCAAGUAGGUCCGCCCCAGCCUCUGAUGCUGUGACAGGGCAAGAUUUUCUUGGAACCAUUUAUGAAGUUAUUCAGCACAUCCCUGCCCAACAACAAGAGAGUCGAGAUGUGUCUCUGAGGAAUCUGCAUCUGGGUAUGAAGGGCUCAGUCAGGCCAGUGCUGAAGCCAUCUUAGUUAUCCUCAUGACUUGGCAGUGACCAUGGUCAUUUUAUAGCUGCAAUGCUCUGUCACUAAUGAUAACACCGGCAAAAGGCUACCAGGGGAGAAUGACCCAGUCACAUCAAAGGCCCAGCAUCUUUCCAUUCAAGACUGACUAUUUUCAUGUGCAUAAGCCUGGUCCCUCCAAGGACAAAACCUGUGUUGAGAGUAAAGACAGCAAACCACUUACCCAGUUAAGCUCAAGGUUGUUACUAGAAGACCUGUCUCUUCUCUGCCACGGAGGAGCUAAGCCCACAGUCUUUUGAAAUAAUGAGAUCGACUUCUGUUUGUGUGUAUGUAGCUGCCUGCAGGCCUAACUGUCGCAAAUUGUCUUCUACCCUUUCUUUAGCUUUCAUUUGUUGACUUUGAAAAGAACAUCAAUAGCCACACACAGGAACUUCCCCUCUGGCAAAUGGAAUUGUUCCAACAACGUAAUUCAUGCUCACUUCUGGGUGAAUAUUAAAAAUAACAGCUAGGAGUACAUGAGUGCAAUGAAAACCACCUUAAGGGGCAGGAACCUCCACACAGGGACAACACAGUUGUUUUAGAACUAAAUAUGUGGCAAGAAACAACAGAGAACCCCACCAGAGAAUUAAGCACAUGAAUUUCUGGCUUGAAAUUAAAAAAAAAGUUUUGGUUUGAAGCAAUACAUUGCUAGCACUACAAUUCAAGAAGGAGGCACAAUACCAUGAUUCUUGAAAAAUAAAACACUAAAAUGA